AUGACGUCGAAGAGGUUGGGGGAGAUAAGAGAGAGGUCCCGUGUACCUCAUUAUGUGGAGAUGUUAGUGCCCGAGGCCCAUGAGCGAGCCUGUUAUCCGAGGCUGGGAUGCGUGGCGGUGAGCAAAUAUUUGUUUAAGGCAGAUAGCAGUACGAGGUUCGAGCUGAGCAGGGAAGAGUUUGAAGUGAUAGAGGACAUUUACAAGAGACCUCCGAAACUUCACCACUUCGAUCACCUCAUCGACAGAAGUCGCUAUUUCCUCGAUUUUGAAUUGAUGCCCUCCAAGGACAAAUUUAAGAGGAAGGAGUACCCAGUUUCUGACAUGGCAUCCAUACUGAAGGCAACCUCCACUGUGAAGGUGAGGCCUCUGAAGCCAGUGUCAAGUGGCGCCAAGGAGGUCCAAGGUAGAGUUGAACGUCUCUCCAAGGACAGCACAUCGUGGGCUUCCAAAGAGGGGACGCCCCAGAGGCCAGAAAAGUCCAAGGAGCCUCGGGGGAAGGAGAAAGUCCCUGAGGAGCCAAAGAAGAGGAAGCUGGUGCACGUCUCUAGCUCGUCUGGGAAGUUUGGGACUUCUGUGUCCCAUGAAGGCAAAGAAGUCGGGCAGCUAAAGCUAUUGGAAGCCGCCUCGAAAGCAAUUAAGAUUGAAAUGGUUAGGCGCGUCGAGGCUGAAGAGGCGAGGGAGGAGGCUGCAAGGAGGCAAGCUGAGGUGGUCGAGGAAGAGGCUGCCAAACAAAGGCCUGCUCGAGUGCAAGGGAAGUCUCCGAGCUUCCUUGUCAAAAGGGAGGAGCCUUUCACCCCAGCUUUGGUAGAGGCCCUGCCACCUGAGAUCCGAGGCGCUACUAAAAGUUUUUAUAAAUUCUGGACGGAUCGGUGGGAGGCCCUCACUGACUUUCAGACGAGGACCACUGCCUUAGAGAGGAAAACAGGCUCCCUUGCAAAGGAGUUGAAGGCAGCCAAGGCCAAGGCUAAGAUAGAGGCAUUGAAGAGGGAAGUACAUGAGUGCCAGUGUGAGGUUGCCUCCUUGACUAAGAAGGUGAAGGUUUCCAAUGAUCACCAGAAGGUGACCGCCAAAGCCUUGGAGAAGGCAAACUUGGCAUUGGCAUCAUCCCAAGAGGCGUACCAGUUCUUGGAAGGCCAAAUUAAAUGGUAUGUGGAUGAUACCACCAAGGCAAGGGAGGAGGACCAAGAGGCAAAGGAAGAGGCGGUGAAGGACUACAUUGCCAACUUUCAUAACAUCGAGGAGUACAAGAGCUUCAGUACUUACUGGAGGAACUUUGCUUAUGCCGAGGUGAUGGAGCGAGCUGAGGAGUUGUAUCCCAAUCAAGACCUAUCGCAACUGAGGUCGGAGUUUGUGGACGAAGAGCCUCAAACCCCAGCUGAUGAAGCGGUGGGAGAUGAAGUAGCAGAGGCAGAAGAAGCAAACUCUGAUGCUCAAGCUACGGAAGUCCCAGCUGCUGAAGCACAUCCAUCAUCUUCUCAGGCUCAGGAUAUUUUUCUUUUCAGUUAUUCAUAA